AUGCCAGUGGCCCUCCCAGGGGCCCUCCGAGGGACGGCGGCGCCCCCAAAGGCCCUGCUGGGGACAGCGGCGAUGCCAGUGGCCCUCCCAGGGGCCCUCCGAGGGACGGCGGCGCCCCCAAAGGCCCUGCUAGGGACAGCGUCCCCAGGAGCUUUACCAGGGGGCCCUCCGAGGGUCGGUGGCGCCCACAGAGGCCAUCCAGGGGCUCUCCCAAGGACACUCGCGCUCCCAAUGGCCAUCCCACGGUCGGCGGUGCCCCCAGGGACUCAUCCAACGGCGCUUACGCCCCCAAGUGCCCUGUCAGAUGACCUGCUAGCGGCGCUGGCGACCCCAGUGGCUCUCUCAGGGACAGUGGUGAUCCUAAGAGCCCUCUUAGGAAUCGAAGCAUCCCCAGAGGCCCUCCGAAGGACGGCGGCGCCCACAAGGUUCAUGCCAGGGACAGCGGCACCCCCUGGGGCCGUGACAGGGGCAUUGGUGCCCCCAGGGGCCCUGCAAGGGGCAGUGGCACCUCAGGAGCCAGCCAAGGGCGUUUGCUUCCAGGUGCCCUCCCGGGGACGGUGGCGCCCCCAGGAAUUUUCUGAGGCAUGGCAGCGCUCCCAGAGGCCGUGCCACGGCCGGCGGUGCCCUCAGGGGCCCAUACAGCAACGGUGGCCCUUCAGGGGCUCUCCCAGGGACGCCGGCAACCCCAGGGGUUUUGCCAGGAGCGAUGGCGCCCCAAGGGGCCUGCCAGAGGUGGUGGUGACCCCAAGGGCCCUGCUAGAGGCUCUAGAGCCCCAAGGUCCCUCCCAGGGACAGCCGCGCCCCCAGGGGAUCUCGCAGGGACAGCGGCGAUUUCAGGAGCUAUGCCAGGGACAGCGGCACUCCCAGGGGUCCCCAGGGAUGACGACGCGCCCAGGGACCCUGGCAUGGGCGGUGCCGCCCCUAGGGGCUCUUCCGGGGACAGCGGUGCUCCUAGGAGCCCUCUUAGGGUUGGCGGCGACCCCAGGGCCCCUCCCAGGGUCUGGGCCCCUCCCAGGAGCCCUUCCAGGAACGCUGACUCCCCCGGGGGCUCUCCCAGGGACAGUGGAGCUCCCAGAGUCCUUUUCAGGGAUGGCUGCGCCCCCAGGGGCCCAGUCAGGGCCGCUGUUACCUCCAGCGGUUCCUCUCAGGGACGGCGACUACCACAGGGACGGUGACGCCACCUGGGGCCCUUCCAGGGACAUCGACGGCCCCAGGGGCUCUCCUAAGGAUGGAGACGGCCCCCAGGGACGGCGGCGCCCCCAGAGGGCCCUGCCAGGGGCUCUGGCACUUCAGGGGCUUUCCCAGAGACAGCGGCUCUCCCUGGAACAGCAGCACUUCCAGGGGCCCUCCCAACGACAGCGGCGCCUUCAGGAGCCCUGCCAGAGGCGCUGCCACCACCAGGGUUCCCCUAUGGACAGCUAUCAGGGGCCUUCCCAGGGACGGCAGCGCCCCCAGUAG